CAGCAAUGGCCUCUGCGAAGAAGGUAGCUGAGAAGCGGCAUAACCCCGUGGAAAGCAUCUGUAGAAAACUGCGAGCCAUCCAAAAGAGAGAAGACGUUUCUGAUCCCAUCCGACAGAUUACCAAAUACCAGUCUAGCAGUUUUGACAGCCCACAGACUAACCCCAAGAAGGAUUUUGAAGGGGUACUGAAGAAAAUGAUGGCUGCUCACCUCCGUCUGCCCGACACGCUCUUCUUGAGUCCUGAGAAAGAUGGCAGCUUCGCUUCACAGUCUCAGAUAGUGUCUCCAAGAACCCCGUCCGUUUCUCAUCUCAGCUCUCCUGAGAAUGCAACAUGCUCGCUUAUGCUCACAAGUUCUGAAAAUAUCUCAAGGCCAAGAUCACAGAGCUCCCAAAAUGACACAUCUCUGAUACCGCAGAUCAUGAAAAGGGAGCUCUUUGCUAAUAAGGAUUUGACUAACUAUUGUAGUGGAAAUGAUUUUAGUACCUUAGCACUUGAUUUUGAUUCCCCCUCUGAUCAGAGCUCUACUCCUCAGGAUUCCGUGGUGAAAAAAUUAUCUCCAAAUGAAGAGGGGUGGAAACAAGGAACUGAUGAUGGUAAGGAAGAUGUAACCGCUAGCAACAGCAGGACCUAUGAAGAAGAGUUGCUUAGGAGUAUUUUUAAUAUAUGUGACUCCAAACGCAGAGGUUUAGUCAGAAUCACCAAAAUAAUAGAUUAUCUGAGACAGACAACUAGUCAAGGUUCUGAAGAUGAUGGCCUUGAGGAGCUAUGGAUCAUGCUUGAUCCUGAAAAGAGAGAUGUACAUGUGAACCUGGAAACCUUCCAGGCCACUGUGAAGGAAUGGAUGAUGGCUCACUGCAGAAACAAAUGGGAAGGAGAGAAUAGUGGAUCAAGCAGCAGAAUGGUUGACUCUGCUUUUGAACAGGACAGUAUAAAAUCAUGUGAAGCAAUUAAGAUGGCCACAGAUAUAACAAAUUCUUCAUCAUGGAACUUCAAGGGGUUGGGUGGAGACUUGCCUAAAGGAGUCUUAGAGAUACCUGAUUUGAUUACCUAUAUAGCAGACCUGCAUUUCAACAAGCAGAAAUUGGAAGACGAAAAUAAUAAAUUGAAAUUGGCAUUAGAAAACUUGGAAGAAGCAAACAGAGAGUUAUCAGAGGACUGUACUGAACUGCGCCUUCGGGUAAAAAGUGCCCACCAGGCUAUUAUGAGAACAAACCUGUUAAAAGAAGAACUGGAGGAACUGAAAAUUAGUAUGAAUGCUUCAGAAGAGCAGAAGACCAUGAUUGUAGCCCAGAACAAACAAUUAGAGACAGAAAACCGGGCUCUGAUUCUUAAGAUUCGGAUUCUCCAAGAAGAGAAUGCUAAGAACAUUAUGGAUAUAUAUAAAUUGGAAGAGAAGAUUGAGGACUUGUCUAAAACUGAGAAAGAGCACCAAAUGCAGUUACACAUAUAUGAAAACACUUUGCUUAAUAAAGAUGCAAGUUUACAGAAGAAGGAUGUAAGUAUAGAAGAGCUUAAGUCAACGAUCCUAGAAUAUGGAAGCAUUAUUGAGAACUUACGAGGGGAGAAAAACAAGCUGGCUCUAGAGUUACAGCACUUACAACAGGAAUUCAUGAUAAAUGGAAUGCAGUUAAAUGUCAGUGGAGAGCAUAAGAGUGUCGACUCUGAAGGAGUAAAAUCUCUACACUGUGAACUCAUUCUUGCUCAGUCUGCAGAGAAUAAUGACACUGAGUGGCAGUGCAGUUUAAUCGGCUUGUCAUCUCUGGGCAUGAUAAUGGAUGAAGAAAUGCUGCUGUUACUGAGAGAACUUGAGCAAAAGGGAGUGGAGUUCACAGCUACGCUUCAGAGUCUGCAAGAAGAUGUUUCUGAAGUUGAAACACGAAUUGAUCAUUUUCUACAGUGGGUAACUAAUCCAGAGAUUACUGUGAAAGAAAAGUGGGAAAACAAGCUUACUGAAUUCAGAUAUAUCAUGGAGGAGAAGCUAAAUCUUUGCAUCUUAAUGCUGAACAACUUGAGAAACCAUAAAGAAUCCCUUGAUAAAGAGUUUGCCAAACUGAUAGACAUUUUGAAGAGAUUCAGGCUGGAAUAUUUUUAUUUCAGAAAAGACUUUCUUUCCAGGUGA